UCAAGCUAUAUACGAUCAGUUGCGUUUAUAACUUCAAAGUAUUAACAAUGGCACUACGCUGUUCGGUGUUUUUGGCAAUUCUACUUUACUGUCAACACGCUCACGGUUUUACCUCAACGGAAACCCGGGUAUUUGGACGUGUUGUCGGGGGCACUGUAGCUGCGACACAGGCCGCGCCUUACAUUGUUUCAUUUCAACGGAGUGGUAUACAUUAUUGUGCAGGCAGCAUUUUAAAUGCGAACUGGGUACUGACGGCAGCCCACUGCUUGACCUCGAAAUCCCAAGUGUUAAGCAGUCAACUCAUCGCUGGUACCAACAAUGUAAAUGGCGCAGCAAGUACCACACAAAAGCGUGCAAUUAGUUCUUAUGUGAUACAUGACCUUUAUACCGGGGGUAUAGCGCCUUAUGACAUUGGUCUUGUUUAUACAGCAACCGCUUUUCAAUGGACGACUGCAGUUAAAGCCAUAAAUUUACCAUCAGCUAAGGUUGUGCCAACUGGAAAUGCAGAUUUAUUUGGUUGGGGCUCGACUUCGACCACAUCUGUACCAUCUUAUCCCAGUGUGUUGCAAGUGGCAAAAAACAUACCAAUCAUCAGCGAAUCCGCUUGCGUUAAAGCACUUGGAUCAAAGGGUAUUGAUGUACAUUCUACAAAUAUAUGUACAGGACCUCUAACUGGAGGUAUUGGAAUUUGUACAUCGGACUCUGGAGGUCCUUUGGUGCAAACUCAAAAUGGUAAAACUACUCUAAUUGGUAUUGUUUCAUGGGGAAAGGUGCCAUGUGGUCAGCCCAAUUCGCCAUCUGUUUAUGUUCAAGUGUCAGAUUUUAUUUCAUGGAUUUCGGCCAAACAAAAAUAAGAUAUUGGAACGAUCAUAGAUUUGUAAAUACAUAGUUUAAUAAAUUACUAUAAUGAAAAUAUGAAUAAAAGGCGGUUUAAUCUUUAGUAAACUCAGAAAUAAGAAAAUCCCUUUUUUCAAGUA